AUGGUUCUGUUGAAUGUGAGAUAGUUCAGUUGCUUUACUUUUUAACUUGAAAAGUUACUAAGACGAUCUCACAAUAAAUGAUAUGUUUUUUCAUGAGAAUCAUUCUCUGUUAGCCUCAGCUUUGUGAUGUUUCAGAGCAGUACUCAGAAGAGAUGCUGGACAUUCAGCAGCGAAAAGGAUGUAGAAAUUCUCAGACAAGAAUGCAAUACUCGAUUCCAAGAACAACAUCAUCUUAUCUCAGCAAAGAGGAAAGAUCCAGGAUCUUUUUUCCUUUCUGCAAAUGAGGAAUACAUUUUGUGUCGUCAUUACGAACAUCUACUGCGAGAUUUCUGCCGAAGAUUUGAGCCCCCAAUGCCACCAAGUGUUAAGGGUUCAUCAUGUGCAUAUUUCAAGAGAUUCUACCUGCGCAACACAGUGAUGGAUUAUCAUCCUAAGUUUAUUAUGUUGACGUGUGUGUAUCUUGCUUGUAAGAUAGAAGAAUUCAAUGUCUCCAUUACACAAUUCUGUGGAAAUCUCAGCGCUGACCAAGAGAGGGCAGCAGAGCUUAUAUUAGGUCACGAGUUACUCGUUAUGCAACAACUUGACUUUCAUCUGACUAUACAUAAUUUAUUCAGACCACUAGAGGGAUUUCUUAUUGAUAUUAAGACACGUUUUCCAUCAUUAGAGAGCCCAGAACAGCUGAGGAAAUCAGCGGAGGAGUUUCUUCAUAGGUCGCUUGCAAGUAACGUCAGCCUCCUGUAUUCACCAUCACAGAUUUCCUUAGCGGCUCUUGUUACAAGUGCUGGAAGACAGAAAGUCAACAUUGAUAAGUAUGUGACGGAUUUCUUGCUCAGUAGUGGAAAGAAAGAAGAUCUUAAAGAACUAGUCAUGUCCAUAAAAAAAAUCCGUUACUUAGUGAGUAACAUUCCUCCUCUAGACAUCGAAGUAGUGAAGAGUCUCGAGAAGAAGUUGGACCAAUGUCUCAACCAAGAACUCAAUCCAGACAGUGCGAUUUACAAGAAGAAGGUCCAAGAAUUACUGGAUGCAGAAGAUGAAGACUUCACACUAGAAAACUACACACAAAAUGAGGAGAGUAAACGAAGAGAAGCUGAAUUGUUGAUGAGUGUUUGACGUUAAAUAUUGACAACAAAUUAAUCGAGAUGUGAAGAGUCUUCCCUCGGAUAUUCAUCUCAUUGGACAAGUCUCAUACAAAGAUAGAGUUGUUUGGACUUGUUUCCAGAAUGCAGGACAUGUAGCUCAAUGGAACGCAGGUAACAAAGUCACGGGUACCAGCCUGUUUUGUUUGGAGAGUAAGGAGGAUACUAGAACUGUUUUCAAUUUAGCCGCUGGGGGCUGGGGCAAGGGUUCAGAGUGAAGUGGCCUCGUUUUGUAACCUCGUUGAUACCUCGUAAGCCAUACUUCAACCCGCGGUAUCAAGUACUGUUAUGUGCCGUGCGGUAUAGUUUCUAUGCAUUUCGUGAAGUCAGAGCGGGCCGGUGCUUGCGUAAAGAGCCUUGGACAAGGCUAAUUGCGUUACUGUGUGUUAAACACUUAGAGCUUGCUACAUUAACUGGUGUGCUUUGUCUUCUCCUGCCGAUGACUAAAACAUCUUAGAUGAAACAAUAAGAUUAAAUCAACCACUCUAUUCAGAGCCACCAGCUCUCAGUAGGUACUUCCUCAGCGUAGAGUAACAGUUUCUUAUUUCUCAUCAAUCUCGAAUCAAGGAAUGAAGAAACUGGCCAGUGUUACAAGAGUCUUGCAGGAAUGUGGGGUCACAUGAUCUUUCUUGAUUUUCGUUUGUAUUUUUCUUGAAAACUCAUUGAGCCUUCACAUUGUCUUGAGGGAGGUAAAUCAGAAACUAAAAGGAGAACAAAGUAGUCCACAAUGUAUCCUAACCUGUGUUUAUGUCUGGUUUUCCGACGAGUCUGUAAAUCUCCUGGUAGUUCUAAGGGGUUCCAGGUCUAGAACUUGUAAACUGCGUUCAGGAACAGUCCCAUUUUGUCAAACAUAUCAUUCUUGGUUUAUACUGAGCCUUAGUUGGUGGUGGGGGGGGGUGAUGCUACCACUUUCACUUGAUCAAAACCGAAAGAAUCAUUUGGGAUAAACGUUAUAGAAGUGAUGGUUUCAGGGUUUUAUUACUUCAGGUAAAUCAUUAUUUGUCAAUUUUCUAAGAAAUCUGCAAAACAUCAAAUGUCAUCAGCAAAUGUCAUCCACAUUUUGUUGAUGUAAAAAAUGCCACAAUAAGCUAUUAUGUUGUUCGUUUGUUUGUUUGUUGGGAAUAAUUAAUGAAUGAACUUAUUUGUCAAUUUGAAAUAAAUCGGAUUUGUAUCAUAUGGACAGUUUAGUUUCCUUGCAAUAAUUUGAAUACCUUAAAGUAUCCAUGAAGGGUAACUACAAAUUGUAUAGUUUGAUAAACACUUAUAAAAUCUCUUCAAAAAAAUAAGACCCGCUUAGAUUCCUCACCAGAAAAUAACAAAUAAACAGGACUAUAAUUUUUUCAGAAUAUUA